UUCUUCUUUCACUGAGACUGCUAUUAUCUGGGAUCAGAGACUGGGGGUUCUCUAGUCAAUUCUUAGCGCGUAUCGUGUUUCCACCGCACCAUUGGGUCACAUUGUGUAGGCACCCGAGUUAGAUUAUAACGGCAUUCUCUGCCAUCAAUUGCAACCGACUGUCAAACAUAGCAAUGUCAGUCUUUCGGCCAGGCCGGCUGAGGACGGUUCUCUCAGCAACGGCCGCAUUAAUUCUCAUUUGUACUUUCUAUUUCUAUUGGACUCCGCCUCCAGCUUCGACGAUUCCUAGCACUGCCUUUGAAGUUCCUCUUACCGAACGUCAGAUUGCCUUUUGGAAGGUAUUGAGGUCAAUCUUAGAUGCACAUGCGCCAAAUUGCCCGUCUCCCACACUCGAGGCUUCUGUGAGCGCAGUCCAUUUCAAUGCCACAACAAUUGAUCCCCGUCCCGACUUGAUUGUGUUCGGCGAGAAUGAGCUCGACGUGCUAACGGAGGCACAUGCGAAUUAUCUCAAUAAUAUCAGGACGGCGAAGAGGUUGCGUCCUGCCCAUUCUCCCGGAACUCGGGGUAUAGUUACGACGGCUGGAGGUUCCUAUCUUCCCGUCUUUCUGUCGUCCCUGCGGAUGCUACGCCGUACAGGGUCAACUUUGCCUGUGGAGGUGUACAUGAAGGAUGCAAGCGAAUAUGAAAAGAAAAUCUGCGACAACGUCCUCCCGGAUAUGGGUGCGCGGUGCUUAAUACUCUCCGAUGUUGUAGGUAAGGAUGUCAUUGAGCAUUACCAACUAAAGGUCUUUGCGGUCCUCUUUUCUUCGUUCGAGGAGAUUGUUUGGAUGGAUGCCGAUUGCUUUCCGAUGGACAAGCCCGAGAUAUUGCUCAACCAUGAACCUUUCACGUCCACUGGCUUAGUGACGUGGCCCGAUUUCUGGGCAUCGUCGGUUUCCCCGGCAUAUUAUAACAUUUCCCAGCAGCCCAUGCCUCCGAUGACCGAGCGGCAGUCCUCGGAGACCGGUAUCUUCCUCGUCUCCAAAAAGAUGCACUAUCUCACACUGCUACUCGCUGCCUAUUAUAACUACUAUGGACCGUCGCAUUACUUCCGACUAUUGUCUCAGGGCGCACCGGGCGAGGGAGACAAAGAAACAUUCCUACAGGCUGCGACUGCAGUGGGUGAACCUUUCUAUGCGGUCAGCGAGAGAGUUCAGGCACUCGGCCAUCAAACACCGGAAGGGCUUUCAGGCUCAGCAAUGGCGCAAUCGGACCCUAUUGGAGACCAUGCGCUGACGAGCCAAGGCAAAUGGCGAGUACAGGACCCCUCGGUGGACAAACCUCCCCGCGUAUUUUUCAUCCAUGCCAACUACCCCAAGUUCAAUCCUGCGGAGAAUGUCUUUGGGUACAAAUGGGGAACUACGCCCACCCUUCGACCCGAUGGCGCAGAGGGGCGCGCAUGGACUGCUCCUGAAGACGUCCUGCGCCGAUUUGGGAUUGACAUCGAGAGAGCCUAUUGGGAAGAGAUCAAAUGGGUUAGCUGUAAUCCCGACAUAGAAUUCAGAACGUGGGAAGGUAAAACGGGCGUAUGUGAGAAAGUCGAGAGCUACUGGAACGCAGUCUUUGCGGAACCACAUGAAGACGACCCGAAGUUUGUUGGCUAAAGCUAAAUUGGUCCCAGUGAAUACCACUCGGAAUCAGUCUGGGGCCACCUGCAGCCGCUACCGACGGAGUGUUCGGCCCGACGAUCCUUAUCACGGAUGCUGGCAUAGCUAACCUUUUUGACACGACUGCGUGGCCGUGAGCGCCUACCUGAGAGUCCAAGGUACACAACACGCACUGCUCACGAAACGACGACAUGGCCGAUUACAAUAUGUAUAUACUUACAAUUCAUAAUGUUGCAUAAUAGCAGAGGAUUUAGGAAUGGACACAAAUAUGCACGUUAAUGCUACUCAAUUCCCAUUAUUUCGUCAACCGG